CCGGUGAGGGGUAAAAUCGCUGAUUAUCUCCCGUCCAUAGUGGGGUUACAGCAACUACACAGUACAGCAGCUACAAUUGAUGCCUUAUAGCCUAAGGCCUGCUACAUUUUCUAUCGACACCUUUCCCCGCAAACACUCCCUCACACCUCACCUGGCAAACAUAUCCAUCAACAAACUUGAUUUCCAACACAGCAACACCCCAAUUCUCAAUACACCAACCCUCAAUCUCUCACAUUACCACCCAAAAAGACCAUCGACAAAGACAUGACCACCCCCCCAAGCGACGCCCUAACCUUCCCCGCCUCCGACCGCGAAUUCCUCGAACCACACCUCCCCCCAGUCCCCUCACCCUCACCCUCGCCCUCAACCACCACCCAAACCCACAAUGCCGAACCAACCCUCCCGUUCACAACCCUCACCUUCGCGACCUCGCUCGACUCCUCCCUCGCGCUCUCCCCAGGCACGCGCACCGUCCUCUCAGGCCCGCAAUCCAAAGCCAUGACGCACUACCUGCGCUCCCGGCACGACGCGAUCCUGAUCGGCGUCGGCACGGCCAUCGCCGACGACCCGGGCCUAAACUGCCGGAUCGCCGGGGUAGGCGGGUACGGUGCGGACAAUCUGGAGGGCCAACCGCGGCCCAUCAUCGUGGAUCCCUCGGCGCGCUGGCGGAUCACGUCGCAGGCCAAGAUCGUGGAGAUGGUGCGGCGGGGCCGCGGGCGGGCGCCGUGGGUGCUGAUUGCGGAGGGGACGGAGGUCGAUUCGGAGGUGAGGGGGGUGUUGGAGGGGGUUGGGGGGCGGUUUAUUCCUGUUCCUUGGGGGAAUUUCCCAGGGGAUUGUGGGGGGAACGAGGAGGGGAAGGGGGAGGGAAAAGGGAGGAAAGAGUUCGAUUGGAGGCAGGUGCUGGAGUAUCUGCGGCGGGAGGAGGGGGUGCGCAGUAUUAUGAUUGAGGGCGGGGCGGCGGUGAUUAAUUCGUUGUUGGAGCCGAGGUUUCAGGGACUGGUCAGUUCGGUGAUCGUGACCAUUGCGCCGACGUGGUUGGGGCGGGGCGGGGUGGUGGUUUGUCCGCCGAGGAGGGUGGAGGGCGGGGUUGUUGUGCCGGCGUCGCGGUUGACGGGGGUUAGGUGGUAUCCUUUUGGGGAGGAUGUGGUGCUUUGUGGGAGGAUUAGGGUUGAUUCCUAGGUUGUGGUUAUUGGGGUGUUGAAAGAAGGGGGUUGGGGGUUCCACCCCAGAUACUAUUAUAUUACUGGACUUGGGAUUGAGGUUGCUGGGAAGCUGAAAGAAAGGGGGGUGUGGGGGUUCUCCCCCAGAUUACUUAUAUCAUUAGACUUAGGAAAAAGGCUACCGGGAAGUUGAAAGAGGGGAAUCUGGGUGUUAGAUUUCUGUAUAACAGCACUAAUCUAAGCCCGGACUUCCUUAGCAGGAAGUAUCUGCCCCGUACACUCGCCAAACCCGACUCCUUCGCCCGCCCAGGCAGUCAUGGUCACCACAUCCCCAUCGACCAGGUAUGUCCGCUC